CGACGUCCAGGUGUCUUUGUUUUUGAUCACCAGCGAGAGGUAAACAAGCACCAAAAUGUCAGACCUCAGGCAGAGGAAGCCCGCCGAAAGUGGCGAAGUGUCGCCGGUCGACGAGAAGACCGCCUCCGCCGAAAACAGCCAGAAAGAAGAUAUCGACUCCGAAGAUGAUAAAGGUAUCGAAGAAAAUUUAUCCACGACAAUUCCGCAAGGAACCGACAAAACGCCCGAAGCGCUCGACAGCGCUCUACAGAAUCUCUCACCCAGAUGGCGGAAUUGGGUGAUCCGAGGUAUUUUUACCUGGUUGAUGAUUUUUGGAUUUUGCUUCCUAAUUUAUCUUGGACCUUACGCCCUCAUGAUCACGACGUUGGUCGUUCAAGUUAAGUGUUUUGCUGAAAUAAUCAACAUUGGAUACUCCGUGUACCGAAUCCAUGGAUUGCCCUGGUUCAGGUCGUUGUCAUGGUACUUCCUUCUGUGUUCCAAUUAUUUCUUCUAUGGGGAAAGUCUUGUUGACUACUUCGACAUGGCCAUCAACAAAACUUCACCAAUGCACUUUUUCAAAGUUCUGGUCACAUACCACCGCUUCUUCUCAUUCUGCCUGUAUAUUGGAGGCUUCGUGUGGUUCGUGCUGUCUCUGGUCAAGAAAUACUACAUGAAGCAAUUCUCGCUGUUUGCCUGGACGCACGUUGCUCUCCUCAUUGUUGUCACGCAGAGCUAUCUGAUCAUCCAGAACAUCUUCAACGGGCUCAUCUGGUUUAUUGUGCCAGUGUCAAUGAUUGUUUGCAAUGAUGUCAUGGCCUACAUGUUUGGGUUCUUCUUUGGCAAAACCCCACUUAUCCAGCUGUCCCCAAAGAAGACGUGGGAAGGAUUUAUUGGAGGCGGGCUAUCCACAGUUUUAUUUGGACUAGGGCUCUCGUACAUCUUAUGUCAGUACCCGUUCUUUGUGUGCCCAAUCACAUACAGCGAAGCUCUAGGAAGUACCACCAUGGAAUGCGAACCGUCGCAACUCUUCAGACCUCAGGAAUAUUCCCUUCUCGGGAAAACUUGGAAUAUUUACCCGUUCUUGCUGCAUUCGUUAUCUUUGUCAGUCUUCAGCAGCGUGAUUGGACCCUUUGGAGGCUUCUUUGCCAGCGGAUUUAAGAGGGCGUUUAAAAUCAAAGAUUUUGGCGACAUAAUUCCUGGGCACGGUGGAAUAAUGGACAGGUUUGACUGUCAAUAUUUGAUGGCUACUUUUGUGAAUGUGUACAUCUCAAGCUUUAUUGCUACAACGUCACCACAAAAGCUGUUACAGCAAGUGCUCACCAUGAAACCGGAACAGCAACUGCAGAUGUUUUACACUCUGAAAGAGGCCUUGGAGAACAGAGGAAUUUUGUCCCUUGGCAAUUGAAUUUCCACCAAAUCCUAAAAAUAUGCAUUUUAAAAUCUUCAAAGUUGCUUGAGUUGCUCCUAUUUUUGCUUGUCUAUCAUUUUUGUAUGUAUAUUUUGUGUGAUCUUAAACUCUAAUGAAUUAUUAACUGUCUAAGCCACGUUGUGGAAAUAUUGUUAUUUCCCUAUAAACUUAGGUGGGUAACCAAGUUUGACUGCAGAUUCAUCAGGUUUAUUCUACCAAAAACCUAUUUCACCGUCUUUAUUUCUGUCCAUGAUCUCAAUCGGACAUCGUUUAGAAAACAACCGAGUGCCACACUUGCCAAAAAUUGUUAGCAACCCCUCCGUCAACUUUAUUGUGAUGCAUGUUGGUGUAACUAAUACAUGUUUAGCCAUACCAUUCCAUGCCAAUCACCUCUGGAUGAUAGAGAGCAGCUGGCCACUGCAUCUCCACGGUCAAGGUUUUGGCAGGUUCACACAACCGAAAUCGUUGAAACAAUUCAACACCUUGAACUCGAAAAGAAAUUUUACCACAAUAAUGCUUUGGUCUAGCAACUGACACACUUUAAAGUCUCAAUAUAUAUGUCAUAUUUAUACGUGUAUUGCUGUUUCACACCUUUGCACAUUACCUCCGAUUAAGAAUGUGCUGAUUUCCAAGCUCUUUUGAAUUGCAUCCUUCGUAAUUAUGUUGCCAAAUGUGGCAUAGAGUUAAUUAUACCACACCGUCAUUUAAUGAUAGAGUGCAUGUGUUGAGAAUAAAAUCGUGCUACUGCAUCAAAUGUUUUCUGAAGAAUAUUUAUAAGAUCGCGAGAAACUUUGCGGCCUGUUAGCAACACUGCAUGAGAUUGGAAAUAAAGGCAAGGUAAUAAGAAGCUGUUGAUCACAAAAAUCCACAUUGCUGUUGCAUAGAGGAAUUAAAUCUUAUAUAUGUUGUGUUGAGAUAUUGGCUCCUAUGAAAUUAGGAGAUUAGUACACACUAGAUUAUAAAAAUUCGUUGCGUAGAGAUAUUGUUUACUUAUUGAUUGGCAAACGAAGCUGUUCUGUUGUCGGGUCUGCAAGAACUAGUCUUUAAGAUACGUUAAAUAUAUAUGCAGCAAUAUUGCAGUCUACCAUUGUAUCUCCAUGCUCUAUCUCUGAAACUCCGACUGGUAAAAAUAACUCUGAAAAUGUAUACUUCCUGAAUCCACGCAAUCUUCAUCACUUCCAACAAAGGAGGAUGCAUGACCAGCUCACAACUUAUAAUUAUGCUAGAUAAUUAUGUUUUCAAGGUUGCAAACUCAUGGCCAAAUUAUUCCUUUGGUAGUUCAGAUUUGGACUGCAAUCUUAGUCCUAAAAAUGAUUGUUUUUAUGCCUAACAAACUGCGGUAUUUCCAUGUGAAUUAAAUAAAAUGAGUUGAGUGGAGUAAUAAAA